CCGCUCACAUACCACUCGCGCAUUCGCGUCCUCCACCCAGCCCCCGAGCCACGGAAACCGCCGCCUCCCCACAACGCGACGCGGCUCUGCUGUGCUCUCUCGAUGGACGACGCGAGCCAGACCUGGCCGCCCCCGGCCCCCUCGCCGCCGCCCUUCUCCUCGCGGCCCCGCGCGUCUCCGUCCCCGCACCGCCGCCGCCGGCGCCGCCACUACUCCAAGAAGCACGCGCCCCCGCCCGCGCCACCGACACCGCCACCGACGCCGGCGCCGCAGGGCGCGGACUUCUCCGCGCUCCCGCCGGAGCUCGUCCACCGGGCGCUCGCGGCCGCGUGCGCCUCCGACGUUGCGGCGGCCAGCCGGGCGUGCCGCGCGUGGCGGGACGCGCUGCGGCCGCUCCGCGAGGCCGCGGCGCUGCACGCGUACGGCCGGCGCGUCAAGCACGGCCCCGUCGCGGGAGCCGCAGCCCGCGGGGACGGCGGGCGGAACGAGGCGGAGCGGCAGCGCGCGCUGGGGCUGUUCCGGCGGGCGGCGAGGCUGGGCUCCGCGGCGGCGAUGGUGGACGCCGGCCUGAUGUGCUGGGAAGAGGGCCGGCGGCGGGAGGCCGUGGAGUACUACCGGAGCGCGGCGGAGCUGGGGCAUCCCGUCGGGAUGUGCAACCUGGGGGUCUCCUACCUCGAAGCUGAUCCACACAAGGCUGAGGAAGCCAUCCGAUGGUUUUAUCCAUCAGCAUCAGCGGGCAAUGCUCGUGCUCAAUACAACCUAGGCCUUUGCUUGCAGAAUGGGAAAGGGAUCAAGCGUAAUCAGAAGGAAGCUGCAAAGUGGUACUUGCGAGCUGCAGAGGGAGGGAAUGUACGAGCCAUGUACAACAUUUCCCUGUGUUAUAGUUACGGUGAAGGGCUUGCACAGGAUCUAGUGCGCGCUAAGAGGUGGCUGCAACUAGCUGCUGAUUGUGGUCACAAGAAAGCUCUUUAUGAGUGUGGUAUUAAACUCUGUGCGGCAGGAGACAAGGUCAAGUCUCUCACGUAUCUGGAGUUGGCAACACGGCGUGGAGAAACCGCGGCUGCUCAUAUGAGAGACGUAAUACUGGAAUCACUCUCUGCUGUGAACUCACAGCGUGCCCUAUCAGAUGCUGAUAAAUGGAAACCUAGGGCACUCCAUCCCAGAAGGUGAGGAAAUGGACCGCACGAAAAUGCCAACAACCAUAUCAUCCAGACGGCCAUUGCCCAUGUCGUUUGUAACCAGAACUGAAGCACGCCACGGAAGGGUGAAGCAAACAUGUAAGCUUUUGCAGCAUCUUGAGGAGUGUUACCUCGCUGUAGCCAUUCCCUCUGUACAAAGCCGCCCAUCACAGAUAACAACACGAGAAGUUGCAAAGAAUUUCCCUUGGCAAUAGUUAUGAAAGAGAUGCAGUGUUGCAAUACGAAACUGUACAGCUCAAGUUGCUGGUUUCAUCAGUUUAUAGCUGACGCCUGGAGGCUGGACGUUUGUGUGUUUGUUGUACAGAAAUUUUGUCCAUAAAAAAAAGACAGAAAUCUUUGGACAUAGGCCAAAUGUGUGAAUGCUGUAUCGCUGUUGCAAUUAAAAGAAAUGAUGAACUCUUCUGGUGAUUGAUAUGAUGCCUGAAGAUUAGGGCCCCUAAACCGUAUGUGAUGUAUAGCCACCACAAAGGAGAUGGCAUUAUUAAUCUUUUCUGUCGGAGAAAAGUAUCUUUCAUCUAUUUUCCAUGUAUGUAUAAUGUAUGACUGGAUUUGACUUUA